GAAGAUGAGCGGGUCCUGUUUAGGGUUUGCGAUUUCCAGAUAGAGAAUAUUGUGGCGUUUCUCUCUAUCUCUCUCUCUCUUUCUCCUCGAAGAUGCCGCCUCGAGCAGUAAGGCGACCUUCGACUGCUCCUGCCCUAAAGAAAAAGCCGCCUCCCAAAGCAACCUCCGUCGAAAUCAAGGAAGAAGCUGAAGCCAAAGAAGUCGUGACCACUGAAAAGAAUACCGGAUCGUCGCCUCUUCCUUCUCUCAACGAAUUACCCCGCGAUACUUCCCCAAAAGCGGCAAAGGAUACCGCUGCUGUGGCCGAUCACGAGAUCGGUGGAUCUCGACGGUUGGAUCUUAACGAGAAGGAUCCAGAAGAAGACACUUCCGGAAAUGCCGAUGACAACAGCGGGCCGAACGAGGACAUGGAAUUCGAGGAAGUCGAAGAAGAAGAAGAAGUAGAAGAGGAAGUAGAAGAAGAAGAAGGAGAGGAGGGCGGGGAUGCGGAAAUUGAAGGUGAAGAAGAAGAAGAAGACGGUGUAGAGGAAGAGGAUGCGGUCGAUGGGGACGGGGAGGAGCACCGUGACAUCGUGCAGGAGCGCCGGAAGCGGAAGGAGUUUGAGAUAUUUGUUGGGGGAUUGGAUAGGGAUGCUACGGAGGAAGACUUGAAGAAGGUGUUUAGAGAGGUUGGUGAGAUUUCCGAAGUGAGACUGCUGAAGAAUUAUUCGACCGGGAAGAACAAGGGCUUCGCGUUUAUACGGUUUGCAACCAUUGAGCAAGCACAUCGCGCUCUGGAGGAGCUCAAGCAUCCAACGAUUAAUGGCAAGCAAUGCGGAGUAGCUCCGAGCCAGGAUAAUGACACGCUCUUUGUUGGUAACAUAUGCAAGACAUGGACAAAGGAAAAUCUUAAGGAAAAGCUUGCAAAUUAUGGUGUGGUUAAAUUUGAAGAGUUGACAUUGGUUGAGGAUACUAAAAAUGAGGGGAUGAAUCGUGGAUUUGCAUUUCUAGAUUUCGAAUCCCGUUCAGAUGCUGUGGAGGCGUGCAAGCGCUUGCAGAAGAGGGGCGUUGUGUUUGGUACUGAUAGGACUGCGAAGGUUGCUUUUGCAGACACUUUCAUUGAACCUGACGAUGAAAUCAUGGCACAGGUCAAGACAAUAUUCAUAGAUGGUUUGCCUGCUACUUGGGAUGUGGACCGUGUCAAAGAAAAUCUUAAAAAGUUUGGGAAGAUUGAAAAGGUUGAACUUGCGCGAAAUAUGCCAGCUGCUAAGAGGAUGGAUUUUGGUUUUAUAACCUUUGACACGCACGAUGCUGCAUUGGCUUGCGCCAAAGACAUUAACAAUGCUGAACUUGAUGAUGGAGAGAAGAAGGUAAAGGUUAGGGCUAGACUAUCAAGACCGCGCCACAGAGGCAGGUCAGUCAAAAAUGCCCGAGGAGGUUACUUAAUUGGGGAUAGUAGCAGUCGAGGUGGUAGGGCUUCUUGGGGCCCUAGUAUGCUUCGCAUGGAUUCCAGGAGAUUGGCAGGACUUGGUGGACGUGCCAUCCAUGGUCGUUCUACAUACAGUGAUGGUUUUAAGCGGCCACGUGGCACUAGAGAUGGACAUGCAGUUGAGAACAUCGCCCCUGAGAGGGUUGGGAGUAGACGCCGCUUGCCUCCUUUGGAGAGAUCCUUGGAUCGGAGGUCACCUGCUGCAACCUAUGGAAAGAUGAGUUCAACGAGGAGUUAUAUCCAACAUGAUGAACCUUUACCUAGGUCAUCUGAUUAUGCUGCUAGAGCUGCUACUUGGAGGCGCUUGUCCUAUAGAGAUUCUUAUCCUCAUGGAUCAGAGUACGUGACCAGUCCACCGAGGACUGCUAGUCGUAGACCGCCUGUUGUUGAAGAGGAAAGCUAUGGACGGCGUAUUGAACGUCCCUCAAAUUAUCGGGAUACUCUCAUCUAUGAUUACAGUUCUGUUUCGGGCACAAAGCGUACUCAUUCUGCACUCAUGGAUGAUGUUGAUCCUCGUUAUGCUGAAUAUGCUGGUAGAUCAUCAAGAGCACGCCUUGACUAUGGAGGGAGUAGUGCUGCCUUACAGAGUGAUAGUGCUUAUUAUGGAGUUGAGACUACAAGGCUUGGGCGCAGUUCUCAUCUUGGACAUGAUGGAGGUAGCCGGAGUUCAGCAGGGCAUUCUCAUGGCAUGUACGACACCCACACAUCAAGCAUGGGGUACAGCCGAGGUGAGGCGAGCAGGGCUGAUGUGGAGGGAAUGUAUGCUAGCUACGGCAGGGAUUAUGUGUCUGGUGGAGAAGAUUUGGGCGUUGGUUCAUAUUCAUCAUCUUACUCUAGGCGUGGCUUGAGCGAUAGCUAUUUGAGUGGCAGGGGUUCAGGGUCAUAUUAUUAGGGCCUGUCUGUCUCCCUUAGUUAUUUACCUUGAAGGUGAGCUGAGAUAGCAAAAGGUCAGAGAUUUGAAACGAGUUCCCAAAUUUUUAAUAUUUGAAACUCCUUUUGCAGUUCUGUUGGAUCUGGCCAUGCCUUGAUGGAUUCCAUAUUUUCUGUUGCAAGAUUUUUUAUGUAAUUUUUUAUUUUUGUAUUUACUAUGAAAGGAUGAUGUUUCAUGACGCACAAAUACGUUUUGGUAAUUAGAGGACAUUUGGAAAGAUUAUUGGCUCAGGAAA